AUGGAUAGUGAAACCAAAAUGAAAGAUGGAGAAAUAGAACAAAUUAAAGAUGAGGCUUUAGGCAAAGUAGAAGGUACUGCACAAACACCUCAAAAUUUUGUAAUAGAGGAUGUAGAUGAGGGUCAAUUUGAUGAUAGCUGUAGUAGUACAACUGGAGCAAGUGGUGGUAGAGAUACAUCAAAAUCUCCUCAAAGAUGUGAAGAAAUUAAUACAAAUGAAGGUGUAGUAGUAACGGCUGAGGAAAACACUUCCAAUUGUAUAAAAGUAGACACCUCUUUGAGUGGAUAUACAGAUAGGGCUGAACCUCUAAAUAAUACAGAGAAUAAUACUUGUGGUAAUGGAAAUGUAGAAUUUUUGUUACGACAGAAAGCUCUGGAUAGGGCUAAUAUAUUCCUUAGAUGGAAUUUAUUACCUCAGAAAUACCAGAUUCAGGAAUUUCUAGAUAUGGUUCAGGGGAAGUUAAACCUAGGGGUUAUUUCGGAGAAGGGAUAUGACUAUUGUUUAUUAUAUUUCGAACUUUUAAGAGAUGGACUGGUAGGUCCACAUUUAUGGUCUGGUAUUACAAUAGAUAUUAUAGAAAGUAUGUUAAGUGAGACUCGUCAGACAUUAAGUAAUGGUUUAACACCACCACAAACCAAUAAACGACGUCGUUCAAGUGUUUUGAAUGAUACUGGGAAUCAUGUACCCUUAACCCAUGAUGAAGCUCAAAUUCCUCUACAUUUACUAACUCAAGACAAGGAUAGACGCUUUAUUAAUGAUUCUGAUGGAGAGUUUAUAUCUGGAGAGAUACAAGGUACUCCUGUUACAUCAUAUAGGCUGAGUCCUAGUGAGGGUAGUGAGGACAAUGAAGACAAAGUAGUGAUGACAGCUAGUAGAGGUAGAUCAUAUAACAAUUUAGAAUGGUCUGGAUCGCACAAAAAGGAUAAUUUAGAGUGUAAUACUGUACCAGAUAUAGAAAAGUCGGAAAAUGAAGAAGUAACAAAGUCUAGUGAAAAUAUGACUAGUGAUAAUGAAAAUGAUGGUAUUGGAGGGAACUGUACUAACUCGUCAUCAUCUCGUCAUGAUGCUGUGAAUAGACUUUUGAAUCCAAAAUCUGGGUGUAAAGGUGUAUCGUGGUCAAAUAGACAAAUGGCAUGGCUAGCCUUUUGGAAAGAAGAUAACCAACGACGGUCCAAAACUUUCUCAGCUAGAAAAUUGGGUUUUGAAGAAGCUCAGCGUCGUGCAAUUGAAUUUCUACGCCACAAACGAGAAGAAGUUAGAAUGAAGACACAAGCACAUUUGUACGAAGAGUUACCUCGCGUUGGUAAUAGUACCGCGAGCAACGGAAGUGAUACACCAAAAAUACAAGGUCGUUUGAGUCUUGCUAGCACCUCAGCUACUACUAAUAAUACACCAAGCUUUGAUCUUGAAAGUCUUACAAAUGGACACUUAGUAUCUGGUCUGGAUGAAACAAACCAUGGAGUUAUUGUAAAUAAUGUAUCAAAUGCAAAUGCGAUGCUCUUAGGACCUCAACCUGGUGUAAUACCUAAUAUAACUCAACAAGGUGCUCUCACAGCAGCGGCGGCUGCUGCUGCGCAUCAAAUGGGUCUCCCUUUUCAUAUGGCUGCUUUGUCUUCCUUACCAGCGGGUCUUCCUAUAGAUCCCGCAUUUUCAGCUGCUGUAGCAGCUGCUGCUGCUAGUAUGAGCUUAGGGACUCCACCUUCUAGUGGCUCCAAUCAAUCGAGUACAAUGACAAACUUCCCUCAGGCCGCUACUUUAACUGCUGCAAAUCCCUUUUUUAUGUUUAGUGCUGCUGCAGCCGCAAAUUCAGCAGCUAACCAAAAUCCCUCAGCUAAUCCAUUUAGCGGUACUAGUAGUGAUAAUACAACCAAUACAACAGCAUUCAUGCCAUGGGCUCCUUUCUUAUCUGCAAAUUUUUUACAGGCUAGAAUGUUUCAACAUAUACCAACAACAUUGGCGGGGAUUCCUGAGACACCUAAUUCGACCGACCAAACAAUAUCUAAUAAUGCUUCUAGAGUCUCAAACACCUCAACAGAAAAACCUUCAGAAGAACCACCGUCUACUCAAGGUCAAAUAACUCCCCUUUCAGCAUGA